UGGAGUGGCGACAACAACCCUCCAGCACUCGAAUAAAAGGAGGAAGCGUCAGCAAAUGCGCAAGACUUUAAUGUAGAGACUAGAACAAUGGCCACGGCUGUGUCACAUGUCAGUGCUUCCUCUCUGAACCGCUGUCGUCUGCUCUCUUUCUUUUUGUCGUCACCUUAUUUUGACGUCAUAUUUUGACGUCACCUUAUGUCAUUUGCUCAAGGAACUGUACAACUAACAUCCGGGCCUCUUCACUGUUGCUGAUGAGGUUUCCCGCACGACACUUUUCCAGGAAAUCUGUAAAGUAGCGACUGCGAGGAAUUCGUCGGUCCUGUCGGGUGCUUUCUGACAUUCCUAUAUUUUCCUCUGUAUUGUCGUCUAACGACUGCAAACGAAAAUUAUGAAUACCGCCCAAUGCACGGAAGCGUCCUCUUCCAAGUCCUCAGAAAGUCGAUUUGAAGUGGGUGACGACUUUGCCGACACUACCCUAGUGGUAGAGGAUAGAAAACUGCAUGUGAAUAAAGCUUUGCUGAUGAUUCAUUCGCCAGUUUUUCAUAAAAUGUUUACAACCGACUUCAGAGAAAAAGAAUCAAGUGAAAUUCCUCUUCCAGGGAAGAAAUAUUCCACAAUGGUUGAACUUCUCGGUCACAUCUAUCCCGGACAUGGAGCUGGCUUCAUCAAAGAUGACACCCUUGAAGACAUUCUGCAACUGGCGGACGAAUACGACGUCCAGCAGGUUUUCGCCAACUGUACACAGUACAUCAACAACAUUCUGUUUUCGGAGGAUAAGCUGUCCACGGACCGCACUCUACUUUAUCUCGGAGUGGUGGAGCGUUACGAAAGGCUGCAAUCACUCAGAAGCAAGUUGAUAGAACGAGCAAGCCGAAUACCUGCCAACGACAUGAUGAGAAGCAAGUUCUUUCUUCUGGUGCCUGCUACAGCCACGAGAGACGCCUUACUCAAGCAAAUUUUAGAUUAUGGUUCAUCAAUACCAAUGGAGAUUAAACUACAGGCACAGAUGAAAAGAUAUGACUGGUAAAAUGUAAAUAAUCAUUUUCUUCUUUAUUCCUAUUUUGAUCACAAGUGUUAGCUGACAGCAGUACUUCAACAGUCAUUAGCAAAAAUAAACAUUGAUCAGUAUUUCUUUGUUUUCAUUUUAUUUUUAGUUUGAUCUUUUAUUUAUUAUUUACAUUACUUAUUUUAAUCUCUAUGGAUGAACAAGACAGCAUCAAGAGUUUGUUCUCUGAACCCUGUAUCCCAUCCUGCACGUCAUCUCUCCACGCCAAUGAUCCAUGGAGGGGAAGUGACCUCAGGUGGAUGACGUAGCACACAAAAAUAACAGCCGGCAAAUCUUCACAUGUUUGAAAGCAUUGUUGAAAAUUGAAAAUAUUAUGUAAAACAUGAAGUCUUUAAAAAUCACUCCAUUUCUAACGUUACUCGCCAUACAGAGUAUUGUAGCUGAUUAGCGGAUGUUUUUCUAGUCAGGGUUACACACACACGCACUAUGAAUAUUAAGUCUGAAAACCCUCAGGUCUAGACGUCCCAAGAGUAUGAAAUAGCUUCCCGGAAAAAAAACAGCUGUCAACAACAACAAGAACUGAACAAUUGCAUCCUAAUAAUUUAAGUCUAUCCCAGGACCAUAAGCUUUUUUGUUCCUUUUCUUGCUUUCUCACUCUCUGGGUUUCAGGUAUAGCCUUAUAAUCUGCUUUUCUGCAUUAGAUUAAGCACAAUUUGAUAUGUCCAUUAUAUAACGGUGAUAUGAUAAUUUGAAUGUUGUUAUCUACAGAGGGAUAUAACCGCAUUUUUGUGCAUCAUUUAAAUUCAUUUCACUAUUUUUUUUAUAGAAAAUCUAAAGGUCUAUUGAGUUUUAGUUUAAUUAUUCCUCGUGACUCCCCAUGGAACACAGGGCCGCAGCACCAAACUCUCCUUUAAUCAUUUGAAAUUGUAAUAUUUAAAAGUCUGUUCAUUUAAGAAAAUUCCUUGUUUUAUCACUGUUUAAUGAAUUCCUAUACUUUCUCUUUUUUUCUUUUUCUUUUUUUUUUGUCUCUUUUUUAUUUAUUUUAUU